CGAGGGUAGCAGGCAGCGUCUGUUAAGAUGCGCAUGACGCGAUAGCGUCACUGCGCUACAUGGCGCUACAAUGAGCCGUGAGAAAUCCUCAGUGUGCAAACUCAGGCGCCGCACCGCGGGCGGGCACUGCGCGGGCGCGACCGCACGCUGCGAUAGGACAACCGGAGAACGUUCGCCGCGCCGGUGAUACAGGCGGUCGUGCUAGUAGAGCCGGCGGUCCUUGCAUAGACAAAAGCUUAUGGCAAGCUCCAUUGCAAGCUUGGAAACGAAAUACGCACUACGCGCACACGUAGCAUUCGCCGGCGCUCCUAUAUAAUGUGCACUGCUAAGCAUAUGGUUGGUGUGGCACUAACAGUAUUAAUAGUACUAAUUUAAAGGGUAAAGCUGGCACGCCGUUCCAACCGUAGUCGGCAUAUUCUGGCAUAGGCGGCGCUAGUGGGGUCAAGCUGAAGGCAGAAGGGCAGUGGUGGGAGCUGUGGGAAUCUGGGAGCGCGCACUAGCCACGGCCGCCACGGCGUCAGAGCGGCCGCAACCCCGCAGCAGCCUAAGGUUCGCGGGGGCCACAGUGGCCGCCAACGUUGCGCAGGGCAGAGUAGUACGUAGUAAGUACUUUGCAAUGCGUGUUGGCUGAUACCAUAGCUAGUACGGGUAGUACUGGCUCGCAUUGUUCAUGUGUCGCUGAAGGCUCCUGUGUGGCCACAUGCCCUUUGCGUCAGAAGCCGCCAGAAGAAAUAUUGUGCAGGAAGGGCGACUGCGGACAUUGUGGUGUGCCUAGACAGCUUUCUCGUACGAUUCUGUCUUGCUCUGGGCAAGUGGUCCGCUUGACUUGCUCGAGUUUCUUGAGUACAGUCGCUGAAUUUAGAGCGCCGUACGUACCAUGGCGGAGAGCGGCCAAGUGCGGCUUUCUCACGAUGAGCUUUUGCAAGCGCACAGGAAGGAACGGAAAGAAUUGCAAGGCGCGGUCAAAUGCCAGCAGUACCACCUGAACACCCAGCAGUUUGAAGUCUGCUUCAGGAGACUCCAAUCUAUCCCAUUUCCCGCCAACAACAUUGUCUCGCUGCACCUUCAUGAGUUUCUUGCCAACUGUGCCAUCAAGCAUGGCAUAGCAGAGGACACUUUACUCCUGUGUCUUGUUACAGCCACGUCCCACCUUAUGGGUCUUUCAUCGUCAACAAAAAUCUGUCUGUCAUCGGCUUGGCAAGAAAAUCCUGUGCUGUGGUCUUCUGUCUUGGUGCCAAGGGAACACAGUUGUCACAAUUUUGUCUGGACCCUACAAAAACUCCUUUGUGACUUACACUCAGAACUGCCUUCCAGGGAUAUUGCAGCAAAGCCUGUAGUAGUGGAUGAAGCAUCAUGUACUAGCCUUACCAGGUUGCUGACACUGCCACAGGUUGGGCCUGUUAUAGGUGCACAUACUUCUUUCGAGCAAGUAAAAUCUGUUUUUUCAUCUGUUGGGAAAGGAAAAUUUGAAAGACUUGCCUUGGGUGUGCCCGUGCUGUGGUGUCCAGUAACUUCUGAUGUCCCUUUCUUGAGUGAAGCACGUUUUAAUCUUUGCUGUAUCACAGACCCAUAUACUUUUCAUUCUGUUCUAUCUUCAAAGCUGUAUGAAAACUUGGAAUUCCAGGAAUGCAUGUGGCCUAAUGUUCUCCUUGCUUGUGGUCAUGAAAGAUCACGGGACCUGGCCACUGUAUAUGAACAGGUAGCAGAUGUGGAGGUAGACAGGUUGAAAGCCUUGCUGCUUUCCAUUGCAGAAGCACAUUGCUUACCUGUGCAGUACAAGUUAUCAGAGGAAGCAAGGUGUGUUCUUCCACAACUUAUGUCGAAGUUCAAGCAGCUGGCAUUAAGUUGGAAUUGCCGAGUUGCACUGUUCAAGACAGCCACUAGUCAGAUCUUUCGAUUGGCUGCAGCACUAUAUGUUUUGGAUGGUUGUCUUAGUGCAGCGAUUCAGCCUGACAUACGUGAGUAUGAAAUACCUGCAGCACAUGUUUGGGAAGCACAUGACAUAGUUAUGCACACAUUGCGAAUUAAAGCAGAGUUUCUUGAAUGUCCACUUCGAGAUGAGUUGUUCCACACUGUUGAGAACCCCAGAACAUCCCAUCAGAGCAACAGCUUUCAGCAUUGUGCAAAUGGAGCAGUAUCCAAUAUUUCUGUUUCGUCAGUUUUCUGUGUGGCACCUGAUGUACAGAUGCAACCAAACCAUGAGCAAGUUCCAGUACCUGUUCCAAUUCCUCGUGAGCUUUCUGUGUCUAUUGUUCAAUCGCCAGCGCGGGACAAUGAGCUCAGUGGUUCACACAUCUCACUACCUGAGCAACAAGAAUCCUUCAUUUCAUUUAGCUCUAUUAUUCCAGAUUCGCAAGAGGAGUUUGUGGACAAAUUUCACUACAAAAUCAGGCGGCUGCUAAUAUGUGGGAAGACCCUUCUCACACCAACAUUAGUGGCCCAGAUGAAGUAUGUUUCAGUAACUGAUCCAAACAUCCCUGGGAAGCCACGCUACCCCACACAACUUGCUGCCCUUUUUCUUGAGCGAGUUGCUGCCUUGGGAUUUGGCACCAUGCUAACACGACAUGACAGCCACUCCAAAAAGCUGUUGUUUCGGAAAACAGACUAUCAGCAUCUUGGUCAAGCUCAGCUAAAACUUCUUCAGAACCUUCGUGUGACCAGAGAACAGUAUUCGCAAGGCUGUCAGCGACCACGUGCAGCUUCAUAUUGGGAAACUGGAUCAGGUUUACCCGUCCGCUUGCCACAUUCACCGCAGAGUCUUCCCGUCAAGCAAGAGGUCAUCGACAUAAACUAAAGAACAGAGCAGAGUUUUUUAUGUGUCGCUUAUUAAGUGAUAUGUCCUUUCCAGCCGCACUACUGCAAAGUAGCAGUGUUAGUUUUCAAGCUAAAGCCAUGACCUCAACUAUUUAGAGACUGCUGCCACCAAAUACCUGAUUUUUGUAGACGGUAAGCCCCUCGGGUGUCGGUCAUCGGUUGAUCCUUAGCAGGGGUUUCCCAAUUUGUUUCUAUGUUUCUGCAUUGCACAUUGUGGACCAUUUAAACAUUCAUAACCAUUGAUUGACAUGACUGGCUCGUGAUGUUUGGAUGUUCAUCCAUCUUGUGAUGACUGCGCAGUGCAUGAGUUACUCUUUUCAUUCCAAGAGUAGUUGUAGAAAAACUAGACUCAUUAUUUAUCUGCAUGACUUUCAAAGUUAACUUAUCCAUUUGCAACUUACAAUUAAAUCUGCUUGUUAUGCACCUCAAGUAUAUUGGUUGCGAGUGGCAGUUUUAGUGGAAAGCGUUCAAUGUGUGUAUGUGUGUGUGUGUGUGUGUGUGUGUGUGUGUGUGUGUGUGUGUGUGUGUGUGUGUGUGUGUGUGUAAUCUGAGAGAGAGGUUACUUCACCUUGAGAGCCCUCUGGGAAUGCCUUAGAAGGCAUUGUAUGAUGAGUGAUUCGUGCAUUUCAACUACUUUGAACAGGUUGACAAAAAUUGGACACCUUUAUAGUAGAACCAAAUAGCUUUUGAAUGACUUGUAAUAUUAAUGGGGCGAUUUGCUGUCGUGGCUUACUGUGACCAUAUUGAAUGUCUUGUGUUUCAUAGCAUAUUAGUUGUUUGCACAUGCAUUGAAGGUUAUGAAAUACUGGUUAUGAAGUGGUAUCGAUAAUUACACAUUGGGUGAACAGCUGUUCUGAUGUUUAGAUGACACAGGUAAAUACAAAAUAGGAGCUAAAACUUCAUUGUAUUUUAUUUGGCAUUUACUCAUUUAAUUUCUAUCCCUUGUACUUGCAAGGCAUGACCCUGUGAUGUAAUUUUGUUUUCUGUUAAUUUACAAUUCUACUCUUGCAAAUAUUUUAUUAGAAUAAGCAGUCAUUUCCUUGCGCAGUAAGCAGGUGGAUUUGGUAAUGCUUUCAUUACAUUGUGUAUAUACUAAUCAUGUAAUACGAUCCAUUGACUGCUGCCCUUUCAUAUUGAAUUCUCAGUUUUAUACACCCCGAAAGCUAUUUUACCAAGCAUUGUCAUGCAUGCGGACUGAAUGCACAACACCUAGGUUAUCAAGAUAUGUCAGUUGGCAUUGGUUGAGGAAUAGUUCAGCCAAUCUACACUGGGUGCACAUAUUUUUGCUGCAACACAAAGGUUUAGUGACCUAUUAGUGUAGCUACAGUUACAAAAGUGGUUGUGUUUAACAGUAGUCCUAUGUGUUAGUUACUUUUUAUUCUCGAAAUGUUAACAUUUUUUUCCAUUUUUGUUCUGGAGCUAGCCUGCAGGUUUUCAAAUGCCUUCAUUACUUUCUGCAUUUGUGUUAAGAGAUUUGUUAAAACAUUAUACACAAUAGCUUGAGGCUAUAAGUGUUACUUUAAAGUGUAAUAACAUAUCUGUGCUAUUAUGGCCACUUACUUUUGAGCUAAACUCCCGAUUUAAGCAGUGCUUUCAUUGAAGUGGCUAGUAGCAGAAUAAUUGAACAAUAAUUGAAUUGAAUGAAACUGAACAAACAAACUUGAAGACUUGUGCUACAACAAAAGGAGAACAAAAAGAUUGAAAUUAAAUACUGUUAUGUUCCACAUAUUGAACAAAGGUUUCCAUAUGUUGGCAUGUCAAUUUUGCUUAUUAUAUUUUGCUACCAUAGGUUUUAGGGUUCUUAUAUGGCUGAAUUUCGUUGUGUUGUAUGUGGGUAAUUUCUUCUCUUUGCCCCAAAAUUGUCUAUUGUAUGAUGUUUGGGUUCAUAUUAUAUUUUCGUUAGGCAGUAAUAUGGGAAAUAUGAGAGACGGUUUUAAGGGGCGUAGAGAGUAUGCAGACUAUGCAGAAAAAUAAAGCUGUUCUAAUGCAGAGAAUGCUACCAGCAUAUCUUUGCAUUGGUCACUUGUACAGCCUUUUAAGAUCGGAAACAUGGGUCAUAAAAUGUGAAAACUUGUGGGAUGUACUAAGCAUGUCAAAAUGCAAAAGCAGAAACAGUCUAAAAGCCUUACAUUUAGUGAUAUAAAUAUCGGUCAUUCACAUAAGGUUAACAAAUUCACUAAUUGCAACAAAGUAAUACCAUUGUUUUAGAAUGGAACCAAUAGUAUGUGUUGAAACCUUUGAAAAGCUUGCAAAAAAUGACAAUAUCAACAAGGGCUCACACAGCAUGCUGUAUUGUUUCAAGCCAGCCACGGACUCAAUCUGAUGCUUUGUUCUGAAAGCCUUUGAAGUUUUAAAACUUCUUAUAAUUUGGACAAGUGUGCACAGUCACUGCCAUGUUUACACCACAUUUAAGCAUUACUGCUGUGAUUAUGUUGGGCUGUGACCACUUUACGGUUACAAGUGCUGUCUGAAUAACAAACUCCACAGUGAAGUAGCAUUGCUUACCAUUUUAACAGUGGAGCUGUUAGUUACGUAAACUUUGCUGCUGUGGUGGUGUCUCUACUGUUGAACCUGUGAACAAUUUGAACUACCUCCCAAAAUGUUGCCUUGUCUCUAGAAUUCUUACUUUUUUUAACAUGCUAAGCCUGUCACAUAUGCCAUUUGUGCUGAAUGGGUGGUGGUGACUGGGUAUCAGUUCUGAUUGUACAGUUCUCCAAUAUUUUAAUAAUCUCACGAAAGCAUUGACCAGCACAUUGGUCAGCACUGUGUCAAGGUGCGCCCCUAUGAAAGUAGCGAGGGUAGGCACAUGUGUACAGAGCGUCCUCGCGUCAGAGCAUCGUCUUCCAGGCUAUUUCAUUGAAUCCAGCACAGUUCCUGCUGUUUAUUCGCUCAUCUUUCGGCCAUUGCAACUUGGCACAUAUGGCCCAUAAAUGGGCAACUAUGGCACAUAAAUUUUGCUAACAAAUUAUUCCCCAUGAGUAGAGCUCGUCGUUAAUUUUUAGAAAUUGUGCAGACAAGUAAGUUUCGACAACUAAAGCCCAAACUUUUAAAUCAUGCCAUUUAGUGUUCAUUAGUGCCACAUAGAAAUUACUGCAGAGAAGUGUUGCAAUGCUAGUAACUGUAGAUCUGAUCUUCGUGUUAGUGUAGAUAUUAUAGUAUGCAGAAGGUGGCACAAGCCAUGUGUUUGCUGCAUUUAAGAAAUAAUUGGUUUGCACUAGGAAUUAGUGAAUUGAUCAUUUUAUUAUGGAACUGACCUGCAACCAUCUUUCUGCACUGACUGUAUUGACACUGAAUGUUGGGAGCUGCUUGAAUGUAAUGUCCAUGUACUCACGCAAAGUGAAAAGGCAGCUCCUUGAGUACUUGUCGCAUUGUUUGUGGCUUUGCUGUAGUGUGCAGCUAAUACUAUCAUUUAAGCUUUUUUGGCUAUUUUGUGCAAUGAAAUACCUACAUUGUACUCACUGCAUUAAGAACUUGCAUUGCCAUAGAUUAUUGUUUUGUACAUCGGUGGAGUAUUGACAAAAGGCAGCUGUCUAUCAUGAACUUGAGCCUAUUAAGAAAAUUGCUGUUAUCUUGCUUCUACUAAUUUUUGCAAAAUCUGUAGCAUUAUUUACUAUGAAGGCCAAUGGUAUGCAUGCAUGCAUGCAUGCAGCAUCAGAAAACAAUGCUUUUUCAUCUGAACACGUCUCGUGGAACAAGUUUAUGUAUAUCUUGCUUCUUUUCAUCGGUGUUUUGUUCUUGUUUUGAUGUAAACUCUGCACUGUCUUGAGCUAUGGAACAUAACUUAUUUAUACAUAUUUUUUGCUUGUAUGGCACACAAGCACUUGAAGCUGUGUCACUUUUAUUGUGUCUAGUAUAAAGAGCGUACAUAGUUCGCUAGGCCAAGUUGCAUUGUCACACCAGAAGCUUGUAUUUUGAGCAAGCCUGCUUGCUUAGUAAUCAAAAAACGCCUGUGCAGCACAUGGAAAUGUUUGCAGAGUGUAAUCAUUUGACAAACUUGAAAAUAAAGCUAACUAUGUGCUAAGGUUGGUCAUGGUACAA